AUGACUGACAAGAAGCUUGAUCCUCCUGCCUAUCCAUACGGGGUCGAGGUCGAGUGGAAUGAGGCACUGCAGCGUCUCGAAAAGCAGAUGGUCGUUUAUCGACAGGCAAAGAUGAGAGGUACCGAAAAAGAGAUAGGUGGUGCUGCGGAGGAUGUCGCCCUAGCUAUGGAGGACGUUGCGACCAAGCAUCCGGACCCCAAAUUCAAGAAACUAUAUCGUAGGAAGGCCGAUAAAAUUCGCAAGUCGACCGGCGAUAAUCGUGAUGCUGUGGUUGAGGACAUUGGGAAGGGUUUGUUGGUCCUCCUCACGACGCCGUUCGCCCUCGCUGGAGCUAUACUCGGUGGGGUUGGUCAGGUACUUGGUGGGGUGGGGUCCAUGUUACGGGAAUGGGGAAAAGUCGUCAAUAGACCCAGAGAGCUGGUAGGAUGA